AUGGCUGUAAGCCCCUCCCCUCCCCCGCUCACACAGUCCACCGGCCCAGCGUACAACUACACCGUCAAGAUGACGUGUGGCGGAUGUUCCGGCGCUAUUGAGCGCGUCUUGAAGAAGAACAUUGAGGCGCGUGAGUGUGAGGGCGGGUGA